AUGUCCUCCCAAUUCUCCUACUUCGACAACUACACCAACACGCACCCACUCUUCCUCGGCGAGUACGCCGUCGUCGAAUACGAUAUCCCCGGCUUCAGCUCUCCACAAUGGGACUCCGGCGCUUUACGUGCAACGUAUCCGUUCUGGUACGGCAGUGUUUCGGAAGCGAUAUAUCUCCUUUCUGCUGAACGCAACGCGGACAAGAUUAUCGGCGCGGCGUAUGCGCCGGGGUUCAUGAAUUAUAAUCGUUGGGAGUGGGUGCCGGAUUUGAUCGACUACCACAUGAUCGCACUCCUCUCCGGAACCCGCAUAACCGAGACUUUGCCCACGACAGGUGGCAAGUACGAUCCAGCGUACUGGGUCGCUGGCCGCAGCGCCGUUACGGGAUCGCACAUCGUCAAGGCGGUGGUGUACAAUAGUACCCACGAGGUUCCGUUCGCUGUGACGUUCGACCAGGUUAAUGCUGGAGCGGAGGCGACGUUGACCUACAUUACGGCGCCGAAGAAUGCGUCGAAUACUAUUGGGAAUAAUGUCGUGCAGACCACGACGUCGAGCGUGAAGGCGAAUGGGAAGGGGUGUUUUCAUUUCAAAAUGCCUGAGUAUAGUGUUGGCGUGUUGGAGGUGCAUGGGGACUCGUGUGGUUAUGGUAAUCCAAGCAGUCGUGAGGGCUGGAAGACGUGGGCGGAUUGGAUUCCUGGGAAUGGGUUCAAUGCUGAUUGGAAUGAGUGGGGUCAGAAUUGGCCAUUUGAUCAGUGA